AUGGCUGAAAAAAGUAGGUACCUCAAGGGCAAGCACACUGUAUCUAGCCCGGAAUCUUGUAGAUCCAGGUCUUCUCUUUCUUCUGAUGGUGAUUUCAAGGGUUUUCGUUGGUUUUUUGUGAUUCGAUCAGGUCUUUCAUCGUUUUUCUUCAUAUUUGGUGUUUUGCUCAUCGACGAGUUUCCUCCGAUUUGUUCGCUGGUGAUGUUUUUUUGGUGCUUUUUUGGUAAAGUCAAGGCUGUUACUUCUUUUGGUAGUGAAAGAAGCCUGGGUUUUGUGUUGAUUGAUGCUUCAUCUGUAAGCAAUAGUUUUUUUAUAUUCAUCAUGCCUGAGAGUAUUUAUUCUCCGCUUAAUUCGGAUAAUGUGACUUCAAACGUAGGAACAACUACUGCCUCUACUAGUUUGCCUUUUGACCCUAAUGACUACACGCAUCCUUGCCACCCAUUGUAUAUUCAUCCCUCCGACAUUUUAGGUUCCUCUCUAGUUACAGACCGAUUUGAUGGAACUUCUUGUGGUAGUUGGCGCAGAUCUAUCCUCAUUGCUCUAUCUGUUAGAAAUAAAAUUGAUUUUGUUCUGGGAAACUUUGAGAAACCUCCUCGUGAUUCACCUCUCCUUAGGCAAUGGCAGAGAUGCAAUGAUCUGGUUGUUGUGUGGCUUGCAAACUCUGUCACUAAGGACAUUCAUCGUAGAGUUGUAUAUUCUGAACUUGCUCAAGGCAUUUGGAAAGAAUUAGAGGAUAGGUAUGGGAAAGCCGAUGGGGCAAGGGUGUUUGAACUCAAUAAAGAUCUAGCUCACAUUUCUCAAGGUGCUUUAGAUAUAUCCUCAUAUUUUAGUAAGUUUAAACAACUCUGGAAUGAGUUGGCUUCAAUCUCUGUUAGUUCUGCAAAUAGAUGCACUUGUAGUGGUGGUGCCAAGGGUGAGGAUGAACAGAGGGUAUACCAGUUCCUUAUGGGUUUGAAUGAAACUUACAUGCAAAGACAAGUCUCAGCUGCUUCUCAAUUCACCUCUGAAUCUGCAUCCUUUCAUGCUGGUAGCUCUAGACAACAAUUUAACCAUCCUCCCAAGCAAAUGCAGUUUCAACACACUUUUAGACAACCACCACACUCUUCUUCUUUUAGGCAACAAUAUAACCCUAAAGUGGAUAUUGAUUCUCUAUUAUGUAAGUACUACAAGAGAACAGGGCAUCUCAUGGAAAAGUGUCAUAGACUUCAUGGAUAUCCCCCUUCUUUCAAGUUUGGUAAAAAUUCUGGUGGUACAAAGAAAACAAAUGCCAAUGCUGUUUUUUAUUCCUCUGAUGAAUCUGGUACUUCCCCCAAACAUGGACACAACUUUGAGAGCCUUGGUCUGAGUAAGGAGAAACAUUCCCAGCUUCUGCAAGUAUUGAAGAAUACGCACAUCCAUCCUGAUGCCUCUCAAUCUUUAAUGGAUUCUGCUCACUUUGCUGAUCACAUGGCUUCUCAGUUGUCCCUUCUCUUUGAUAUCAAAUCAUUGUCUAUUCCCUGUCUAGUUUCCCUGCCUAAUGGGUAUAAAGUCAAAGUUACCAAUACUGGCCCUUCUCUGAGGAAGCCUCUGGUCAUUGGUAGAUUGGACAAUGGGUUAUAUAAAUUGCACAUACCUGUUGCUGGUGCACCAUCUCUGAAUUAUGUUUCUUCCUUUUUUAAUUCCAGCACUGUUUCUACUAGUCUAAUUCCUGCUACUGAUUCUGUUUCUGCUAUUAGCAAUGAUGAUUCUCAUUGUAAAUCUGCCACUGUUUCUAUAAAUAAAAUGGAUGUUGUUUGGCAUUAUAGACUUGGACAUAUGCCUUUUUCUAGAAUGAAAGAUAUUUCUGUCAUUAACUCAUCUCAUUCCCCUAAACAGUCAUUCCCUUGUUCUACAUGCCCUUUAGCAAGGCAAACUAGACUUCCAUUCCCAGAUAGUGUGACUCAUUCUUCCUUACCUUUUCAAUUAGUUCAUAUUGACACAUGGGGACCUUAUCACUCUCCCACUUCCACUGGGGCAAGGUAUUUUUUAACUAUAGUAGAUGACUACGCUAGGGCCACUUGGACCCACCUUAUGGGUGCUAACAGUAAUGCCUUUGACCUGGUUAAGGCAUUCAUUGCCAUGGUUUCAACCCAGUUUCACUCCACUGUUCAAACAAUUAGGAGUGACAAUGCACUUGAACUAGGAUCUAGUAUUUCUGGGUCUAAAUUUUUCUCUGCCAUGGGCAUCAUUCAUCAAAUGUCUUGUUCUCACACCCCACAACAAAAUGGGAUUGCUUCUGAUCCUCCCAUUUUUCCUGCUAUUGCUCCUGUCUUUGAUCCUCCUGUUCCUUCCCUUUCCUCUGCUAGACAUCCUCCAGUUCCUCCUACCUCUUCACCACUUGUUUCCCCUCCUCCUCCUUCUGUUCCUGAUGUCAAUCCUGAUCCUACCCCUGCUUCUUUUGUACCUGCUCCUCCUCCACUAAAAACUUCAUCCAGACCUCAGACUCGGCCCGCUUACCUUGAUGAUUUUAUUUGUAAUCUUCCUUCCAUUCCAGCAUGCCCCAGGUCUGUGUUCUCCAUGACUGCUACUUUUGAUCAACCAAUUUUUUAA